GAAACGCACUGUCCCCCAUCCCCCUUUCUCUCUCCCGCUCUAUCUCCUCUCUUCUUCCUAUCUCCCUCUAUCUGCUCUCUCUCUCACACACAUUCCCCCUCUCUCACUGCAAUCCCUUCGGGUUAAAUCAUUUCACAAUGGCUCGCUUGAAGCCGGAGGACCCCCUGUCGGGCUGUGAGUGUGUGUCUGUCUGUCAGUAAGUGCUGGUCAGCCUGCAUUUCGCAGCCAAGUGCUGGAAGAGCCGCCUCUUCUCCUGCCACCCCAAUCACACCACCAGAUGCAUUUUUUAUGGCUUUCCGCGAUGUUUGGGCCCUGGAGACUGCUGUCUGAGUGAGUAUUGGGAUUUAGCCUUCUAAUGUGGAUCAGGGCUAGGGUUCCAUUGCAGUUCCAAUGUAGUUUUUUUUUAUAUAUAUUUUCUCCCUGUCUGCUCCCUAGUCGGUCCCCGUUCCAUUGGUAUGAUCCAGGCAACAUACUGUAAUUUUGUUGGAGUCUGCUCAGAAAGGCUAAGGUCUGGAUCCACUGUUUCAUGUCGGUUGCAGUGCAGACAUCUAGGGUUUGGAAGGGGUUACUUCUAAGAUGUAAUAGUCAAUUCAAUGGCUUAUGUGGAAAUCUGGCAAAUGAGGGGUUAACCUGCCUUUACGGAAAAGGGUUAUGAACCCUAUACCUCGCAUUUCUGGUAAGCAAUCGUAAUUAAAUUAAAGUUGCAACACAUUUGGAAUUGGAAACGGAUGAUUAACCGGACAAGCAGAGCCAUAGAUAUUUUUUUUUUUCUUUGCCACAUACUCUUGGCAGGAAUGGUUUGGAGAAUGAAUAGAUUUAAGAAGCAUUUGGAAAGGUAUGAAUACUGUUAUUAACUUCCUACCAGUCACAUAUUUCAGUGGGCUCUAGGCUUCUGUUUCACCUUGUGAAGAUGCCAUGAUAUUUUUUUGCUGCCGAUGAUGCUUUGAUUUGGAUUACCAUUAGGGUUUUUAUUGCAAUUACAGCUUGUUGCCGUGUAGAAUAUAGGAAUAAAUUUUUUGUAGGGUAGCAAAACAAAAAGUCGAUGUUUCGUGCAUGAGGACUACAUGGAUGCUGGCAGGAGCCUACCAUCAGCCCAGUCAUGCUUUCUCCAUGGAUAAUGUUCUCUAUACAGGUUUACUUAUAAGACGUAUUUAUAGAGUGGGCCAUACAUCGAUUAUGCGGAUAGUUGAGCUUUUUUUUUAUUAUUAUUCGACAUGGUUGUGGGUGGGCUUUGUCAGCAUCUCAGCAUCUCAGUGCAAUUGUGUUUUUCUUACCUUGGGUACCAUCCAUCCUUCUCUGUAAUAGACAGUGAUGUGAGGGGUACGAACAAUGGAGGAAAUAGAAAUGAUGUAUUUGAUUUCCUGCACUAAGCCACUUCUACAUCACCUAUAAAGCAAAUUAUACAUGGCUAAACAUGAUGCUCUGUGAAUGCGUGUGUAUGUGUUAUUGUAUCUCCGUUAAGCGGCAGCAUACAGCAUGCAAUCAUUAACUAUUAAGCGUGCGUCUCCAUUGGCUUUUAACAUCGUUAUGGCUAGCCUUCAACUGAGACAGAUUACCAUUAGACCCUAUAAAAUAAUACCACGAGAUUCCAUUCUAUUCUAUAUGGAUACAAUCGUGUAACAGAAUCCAUUCUCUUCCAAAUAGGCAGUGAAAGCAUACAUGGACGAGCCUUGUAUUUGAGCAGCGCAGUGUAAGCUCCCCCACAAAGUGCCAUUUUGCUUAUGAAUCCGAUUAGCAUUGUAAAACCAACAUAGUUUGGAUGACGAUUAUUUCCGUCUCCCAGGCUGAUUGUUUCAUCUUUGUGUAAUCAUUACAUUGCCACUCGGAUUACCGUUCGAAGAAAAAAAAAGCUUUGCUAUGAUGUAUUGAUGAAAUCAAUUUCCAGUUCUGAUUAACCCCUUCCUUUUUGGGUGCGAGAGAUUGCAACGCAUUGCGGUAGAAAAGAGUUGAUAGGCUGUGAACUUCAAGUGGAUUCAUUGUAACAAGCAUGUAUCCCUGUGUUUAUAAAUAGAACGUUGAGAUGUUUCAGUGCGCUGUUCAGUGGAGCGGUGCUGAAAGGGAGAUGGCUAUACGGGAUAGGUAAAGUGGGGAAACAUCUCAAGAAGCACAAGUGACAGCCAUUUUAUGUAUACUUAUGGAUGAUCAUGAAAAAUCAUAAUCGUGUACCUUUGCCAUUGAAAAACUGCCUUAAAAAAAGGAUGAAAAUAAGCUAUUUUGGCAAGCAUUUGCCUUCUUUUAUGUUGCCGAUGGAUGUAAUGAAGACAUUGAGAGACACAUUUAUCUAAAUUAGACUGUAUUAUUUAUAUAUCAGUUUAGAUGCCUGUGUUUGUCAGACACCUAGCUUGCAAAGCAUGCAGCAUCUAUCUGUGUAUGCAACUUGGUUAUGUGUAUCUGCAAACAUUACGUUUAAAAUGUUUUUGUAUUUUCCCCCUAGGAGGUAAUAUGUACUAUUGCUGCUCCUCAGUCACGUCUGACCAGGACUUAAACAAGAAAAUGCAGAUGUGGAUUUUACAGACGAUUGCAUUUGCUUUAACAUCCCUCGUUCUUUCUUGGGCAGAAACAGUAGAAUAUUAUGGAGAGGUUUGUGAAAAUUCGUGUCCUUGUGAGGAGCGUGAUGGCAUAUUAACUGUAAAUUGUGAGAACAGAGGAAUCAUCAGCCUUUCUGAAAUUACCCCUCCACGCUUUUCAAUAUAUCAUCUUUUGCUCUAUGGGAAUCUCUUAAAUCGUCUUUAUCUAAACGAGUUUGUCAAUUACACAGGAGCUUCUAUAUUGCAUCUCGGUAGUAACGACAUACACGAUAUUGAAAUUGGGGCUUUUAAUGGACUCCAGGGUCUAAAGAGGCUGCACUUGAACAACAACAAGCUGGAACUUAUAAAAAACGACACGUUCCAUGGCUUAGAAAGCUUGGAGUAUUUGCAAGUAGAUUAUAAUUAUAUCAUCGCUAUAGAACCCUAUGCUUUUAUUAGGCUGCAUUCACUGCAAGUGUUGAUACUGAACGACAACCUUUUGUCCUCUUUGCCUAAUAAUCUUUUUCGUUUUGUCCCCUUGACUCACCUAGACUUGAGAGGGAACAGACUUAAAGUCCUUCCCUUCCUGGGUCUGUUGGAGCACAUGGAUAAAGUGGUGGAACUGCAACUAGAGGAGAACCCCUGGAACUGCUCCUGUGAAUUGAUUGCCCUUAAAGAUUGGCUCUACAGCAUCUCCUAUUCUGCUUUAGUGGGUGACGUGGUCUGUGAAACUCCUUUUCGACUUUAUGGGAGAGACCUGGACGAGAUCUCCAAACAGGAAUUAUGUCCAAGGAAAUUGAUAUCUGUAUAUGAGAUGAGACCUCAAAUUCCUCGGAGUACCAAUGAGUACUUCCAUACUACUCCAGCCUCAGUGAAUUCCGGUGCCACUCCCUCAUCUCAUGUUUACAAACCCCCCACGAAACCCAAAAGCACACGGCAGCCUAAUAGAUAUAGAGUAAGGACCACAUCACACCACCCUCCCAAAGAUACUGGAUAUAGCAUAAGCAUAGCUUAUCAGACCAAAUCCCCAGUGCCUUUGGAGUGUCCUACUAACUGCACUUGCAAUUUACAAAUCUCCAAUCUGGGACUUAAUGUGAACUGCCAAGAGAGAAAGAUCAACAGCAUCUCUGACUUGCACCCCAAACCUUACAACCCCAAAAAGAUGUACUUGACAGGAAACUACAUCAGUUUGGUUCGCAGGACUGAUUUCACUGAGUCUACAGGAUUGGAUCUUCUUCAUCUUGGGAACAAUAGGAUAUCAGUUAUUCAAGAUAGAGCCUUUGGGGAUUUAACUAAUUUACGUAGACUGUACUUAAAUGGCAAUUCUAUUGAAAAACUGACACCAGAGUUGUUUUAUGGGCUUCAGAGCCUUCAGUAUCUGUUCUUACAAUAUAACAUUAUUAAGGAAAUCGAACCAGGGACAUUUGAUGCUGUCCCCAACCUUCAUCUUUUGUUUCUGAAUAACAACCUUUUAAAAUCUCUGCCAGGAAACAUUUUCUCCGGAUUGAGUCUUUCACGGCUGAAUCUCCGAAGCAACCAUUUCUCACAUUUGACAGUGAGCGGUGUAUUAGACCAACUCAAAUCUCUGGUACAGAUCGAUUUGCAUGAAAACCCUUGGGAUUGCUCCUGUGAUGUUGUAGGCAUGAAAUUGUGGUUGGAGCAGCUAAGUGUUGGGGUGCUGGUUGAUGAUGUCAUCUGCAAAUCCCCCAAGAAAUUUGCACUAAAAGAAAUGAGAUCCAUCAAAUCUGAUCUUCUCUGCCCUGAUUAUUCUGAUAUCAAUGUCCCUACUCCAACCCCAUCCGACGUGCAACCCCUGGAGAGCACCACCACUUUGGUCCACCCCAUUAAGUUCAACAAUGUAUCCAGCACUGUGCCCUUGUCUGUGCUGAUUCUGAGCCUGCUCUUGGUUUUCAUCAUGUCGGUGUUUGUGGCUGCAGGCCUGUUUGUCCUUGUGAUGAAAAGAAGAAAGAAGAAUCAAAACGACCCAGCCAGCACCAACAACUCAGACGUGAGUUCCUUUAACAUGCAAUAUAGUGUCUAUAGCAACAGACCCCUACCCAAAGUAAAGACCCCAGCAGGGCACGUUUAUGAGUAUAUCCCCCACCCUCUAGGUCACAUGUGCAAGAACCCCAUCUAUAGAUCGAGGGAGGGGAACUCAGUGGAUGAUUAUAAAGAUCUCCAUGAACUUAAGGUCACCUACAGAAACCACCUAGAAGAAGAGAGGGACAAUAAUAUCAGGAGUCCUAGCUACAGUGUCAGCACCAUCGAACCUAGAGUGGAGCUUUCUCCUGUACAAGAUACUGAUCGAGUUUACCGAGGGAUUUUGGAGCCGGAUAAAGGACCAUCGCCGGGGAAUAAUAUCGAUUAUAAGUACAGCAACCCUGCUGCGUACACCUUUGCACCCAAGUAUGAAGCAAAGCGUCAGUUCUUGCAUCCGGACAGGUUAAGGGAAGCGGUGCUUUACAGCACCCCUAGUACUGUCUAUGUGGAACCUAACAGAAACGAGUAUCUGGAAUUAAAAGCAAAACUAAACGUUGAGCCGGAUUACCUCGAAGUGCUGGAAAAACAGACAACUUUUAGCCAGUUUUAGACUCCUAUCUACAGUGCUAUCUGUGAAAUAAAGGACUAUACGACGUUUUUGUUGCUUCAACCUUCGGAUGAAGUGCCUUGGCACAAGAUUUUCAGCUGCAGAAAAUUAUACUGAAAGGGUGUGCAAUUUUUUUUCUAAAACAAUAUCUAUUGUAUAAACUGGGCACAACAUUUACUGUUUGCAAGCGUUCUCCAGUGGUCUAUUUCUGCAGCCUGAGAAUUAUUGAGUUGGAAUCACUCCGGGUGCUAGGAGGUAUAUAUGAAAAAUAAACCACAUAUGCUAUAUAACCCUUCAGAUAAGGGUGGGUCUAAAUGACUUUUAUGGUGUUUUAGAACCCCCUCCCCUAAGUUUAAUAUAAAAGUAAAUUUUUACAGGAUGUAUUUGUAUGCUUUCUGGACUUUUGAAGUAAAAAUCUAAAUGAUGUACUCUACUACCAUCUUUAUGCAUCACCAUAGAUGGUAUAAACAAAAUACUUAAGUUCAAAGACAUAGAAUCCAUAACUUGGUUAGUCAAAAUAACUUAUUGUUGAAAUAUGAAAUAUUUUAAUGUAGCACCUAUUUUUAUAUGCACAUUAGCAUUUAUUUUUUUCUUCUUCACUAUUCCAGUCUUUGAUUUGCUCAAAUGUGUUGCACUACAUAAAAAAAAGGAAAUGUCUAGAGCAUAUAUAGGCUGAUCAUGUAAGAUAAAAAUAACAAAGAUGACCAAAAUAUAUAGAACAAAUCAAAUGGUCAUUGGUCAGAAUAAAU